UCUGCGACAAAGAGACAGUUCCUUGCCGACAGCCAAACCGAACGGUCGAGUCUUACAAAAACAGUGAUCACAGUUACGAAUUUGAUAACGAAAAGCCAGAUCAAACCAAAGAGCUUCGUCAUGUACAAAUCGCUAUCAGUUUCAACGGUAGGCUUGCUGCUGGCAUUGGUCUUUAACAACCUCGGAGUUCAAGGAGUGCAGUUCGAAAAUUGCGGUGACGAGAACACCAUCGGAAACUACAGCUUAGUCGAAGUGUCCCGGUGCAAUUUGGAUGAACCAGCUUGCGUCCUGAAGCGAAAUACCAACGCAACCAUCUCGAUCACUUUCACUUCAGAUGAAGAGCUACCGGAACUAAAAGCAGUUGUCCAUGGCAUCAUCCUGGGGAUGGAAGUCCCCUUCAAUCUACCGAAUCCCAACGGCUGCAAGGACAGCGGUUUGGAAUGCCCUCUGGUCCCUGAUACCGAGCACAAAUACAGCACCACGUUGCCCGUUCUGAAGCAAUAUCCAAAGGUGGCAGUCGAGGUAAAAUGGGAACUAAAAUCCGGCGAUAAGGACGUCAUUUGCGUGAAAAUCCCAGCCAAGAUCCAGUAACCCCCCCCCCCCCCCUCUCUCUCUAAGAUGGCAACGGUUGCAGAAAAAGAAACGCGAAGACACGCAAUCAGCUGUUGGUGCAGCUUUGGGAAGUAGCAACAAACUGGACGUGGAUGAUUGUGGAGAAACCGUAGUGAAUUGAAUUAGAUUAAGAACGGUCAAUUUAUACUGUCCUGACCCACCUCUCGGCAUCGCAUCAUCCACGGUUCCUUUUCCGCUCCGAAUUCAGUUCCAUUCAUUAUUCAUUCAUUCAUCUUUCUCAUCAUUGUUGAAGUCCUCGUCGUCUUCGUCAUUCCUACUCUGGAAAAAGUAACUUAAACUUUUGUCGCUCUGUUUCUCCGCUUUCGUUCUCGUCAAUCAUUCCCAAUUGUCGCAUUUGUAGUAAACUUAGUUGUGAGCUCAACCAAUCAACAAUAAAUAAAAAAGCAAGAAGUCCCUCCAUGA